UAUGGUAUUGGAUAAAUUUUUAUCCACUGGAUUACUAUCAUGCUGUUUAUCCAGCCUUUGUGAAACACAAAUUUAUGCAGAGGAUAACUAUACAGAGGAUAAGAAAUUUAUACAUUGGAUAGUGUUAUCCAUAGGAUAGCCUAUCCAGCCUUGAUGAAACCGGGCCUAGAAGUAUAAAAAAAAUGAAUAAUGUUUAUAUUUAUCUAAAUAAGUAGGUAACGGAAAAUAUAAGACACACCUACUGAACAAACGAGGUACACAUGCAUUGCGCAUGAAAAUAAACAAAAUGCGCCGUUGUGCGUCCAACUUUUGACAGAAUUUGCCAGAAAAUUGCGAAUUUAUAGUGAAUACAUAGCGUUUUGUUAGCGUAUUUUGCGUAUAAAGGGCGCAAGAAGAUCGAACAUACAACGCACGUGUGAAAAAUUCCAACGAAUUCAAAACGGGUUUUUGGCGCAGGGAACUAAUGACCCGCGCGUUCAGCACGCAUUAAGCGAACAGAGAACGCCCCCCAUUCUCUAUAUAAAAGCUGCAGAUUAUGUCAAAAGCAACCAGUUAAGUUUGUUUUCUUGGAUACACAUUUAUCGUUUUAUUCAUUGGGAAGGGGAUGUUAAACAUCAAAAUAAUAAAGAGAAGCAUUAACAUGAUAUACUCAGUGAUAUAUGUCAGUGUAAUUGUUUUCCAAUUCUAACCGAGCAUUGUUUUGAGAUAAUUUAGGUAAAAAUCGAGCUAUACAAAAUGCUUAAAUUAAGACGGUCAAAGAGAACAUAAUAUUACCCUGAUUGCAACUUAAAUUACAGUAACCUCACAUGUGCAUAAUGUAUUUAGCACCGCUGUGUAUCAUAUUAAACGUCUUGUUUAGUCUACGUUUAAAUGAUCAUUUCAAAGGGAAGAAAUAGGUGGUCUAAAUCAUCCUGCCAUGCCGAGGAACAGUUCAGGCUUCAGAGUUGACCUGGUGUUUGAUGCGAUUUCUCUUUUUUUUUCCUUCCUUGCUGGACGUGUUGCUGCCAGUGACGAUGCGGGUGUCCUCUAGAUUUUGGCCAUUUAUCCACUCACCAGGAGUAAACUCCUGACCCAGGUUUUCGGCAACGUCAAGCUGCUGCUUCUGCAUUCGUGGAUAUCGGGUCCUGAUCAGGUUGUGGAGGAUGAUGCAUGCUUUUACAAUCUUUUUAAUGGUCUUAGGCUGCUGCUGCAUUGUGCUAAGUAGAACUUGAAAGUGGCUGCCAGAAUGCUCCUGAUGGCACAAACUAGGUGGAGUGCAAGUCCCAUGACGUUAUGAGCAUGUUGGGGAACUGCAAUUCCGUAUUCUAAUCGCAUUCUUCCAUAUUAUGCAGCGGAUAUUCAGCAAAAGUACCAUGGAUACACGCUAGGAAUAUGCUCAGGUCACGCUAGGAACACGACAGAGGUGCGCUACAGUAACGCUGGUGUGCUGAAGAGUCGUUCAACAUUCGUUCAGAUUCGUUAGAUAUUCGUUUAGCACCCGUUAAUAAUCGUUGCAUGUUCGCUACACAUGCGUUGGAAGCAUGCUGCGUGCUUGCUACGCCGAAGCCAACGAAUUUGAAACGAACACCUAGCGUUUAUACAAUGUCUGAUUAACGCUGGUCCAGCGACCUCUGCGAAUACCGAGCGUCCUUUUGACGUGUGAGUUCAUGCGUCGAGCUGAACGCACAUUUUUGUGCAUGCACAAAAACUCAGACACACAAGGCGCGUUUGACGGCGCGUUUGACGAAUGCAGACGCAUAACAGCGCACUGGCCAAAAUUGCCAUUUUACCACAUUGGCCGUGCGCCGACCCUGCGUCGUGUAGGUGUGACCGGAGUAUAAGCUAAAGCCUACAUUUGAAAUGCGAUGACCGUACGGUGCACGCAUACUGCCCGUAAUACCCUUUCGUACUCGACGCAUGAACUUACACGUCAAAAGGACGAUCGGUAUUCGCAGAGGUCGCUGGACCAGCGUUAAGCGGAGGUAGACGGUGGCCGUUCGAAAUCGCACGGAAUCGCACGGAUUCAAGACCAGCUCUUUACGAUAUAGAAAAAUCGUAUGGACAAUUUCAUUGCACUUCGCCCAUGUAAAUGUAAUCUAGGCUUUAAGUAACAUUCCACGUGCGUGAACUGAAAACUUGGCUUUGACACUAUGACACAAUUUUGUACUGAAGUUGUGAAACAGUAUAAGUAUGAAUGUAUUAAUGAUUGCUUUUAAUUAAGCCGAAUACGUUUCUUUUGUAGGCAGAAAACAAAAAACUAAAACAGAUACCACCUAUCAGGCACCUGUAAUGAAUACAACUCAAAUAAAUAUCUUAGUUGAAAUGACGCCCGUGUUGAUUAAAAAUCUUCAAGUUGAAGACAUUAUUCCGGACAUGGUAGACAGGGAAAUCCUCAGUGAACGUGAUGCAGAAAAGGUAAUGGCUCACAAAACAGAACAAGAUCAAGCUUUUGAAUUUCUUUGUAUUCUACCAAAAUGUGGUCCUCGUGCAUUUGAAACAUUUGUUGAAGUGUUGAGAAAACACGAUAAGAAAGAACUUGCAGAUUUGUUAGCAGAAAAGGCAACUGAAUCCAGUAGUAAAAAACAAAUUGCGUCUUUCUACAUAAAACACUUGAGUCAAAUACAGCGUCUCCCCUGGGACCCAUGCGACACAAUGCACAUAGAUGACGUGUAUGUAAACCCGCAGUGGGUACAUGAUGAAAGGAAACCAGCAGGUACCAGUUCUGUUCCAAUCCAGAGCUAUACAUCACUAUUUAAUGAUACCGAACAAGGGAGGACACCAAAGAGAAUAUUGGUCAGAGGAAUAGCAGGCAUCGGCAAGACAACAUUUACACAAAAGAUGGCAACAGACUGGGCAAAUAAUACUCUGGGUUUAAAAAAAUGUGAAGUAUUUUCAAAUCUUAAAUACCUUUUAAUUUUAAAUCUACGCAGCAUUCUGCCACAUCAAACACUGAAGAAAGCAAUUGAAAUGCAAAUUCCUUGCUCUGCAGAAAAAGGAGUGAUAGAGGAUGUCAUGUGUGCUCUGAAUGACGAUUGUAACAAUGUGCUAUUGGUCUUUGACGGCUAUGAUGAAUAUGAUCCCAACACUUCCAAAGAAAUCACAGACAUCAUUUACCGAAGACGAUACCAGGAUGUGUGCACCGUCAUCACAACACGUCCAUGGAAGGCAGAAAAACUGAUGAACAGACAAAUAAUUGACGGUGUGUAUGAAAUCACUGGGCUAACAGUGGACAACAUAGCUGAAUAUGUUGCUAAAUUCUUUGACGAUCGAGAAACAUAUGGUGAGUAUCUGAAACUGAAGUCAGACGAUGAAUUCUAUUCUGCGAGUCAGGAGAUGUUGAAGUCAAUGGGGAUGGGUCUCGUAGGCUACAUAAUGAAAAAGGAGCUGAUGUCUCUGGUAAAGAUCCCAAUACUUUUGCUGUUCAUUUGUCUCUUGUGGCAAGAAGAUCAAGAAAGUGAUACCAAGACAGAUUCACUCCUAGCUUCAUAUACACUGUUAUACAAGAAGCUAAUACAGCUGCUUUCAAGACGAAGGUACGGCAUCAGGACACAGGAUGAAAUGGAACAGUCUGCAUGCGUUAAAAAUCUUGAAGAACAAACAUUUAUCAGCCUUGGCAAGCUGGCUUACGAUGGGCUGGUGAAACCAGAUGGGGGUCUCAUAUUUGAUGAAAAGGACCUGCAGACGAUUCCAGAUGUCAGCGAAUUGUACAGGUUAGGUCUCCUCAGCCAAGCCAUGAUGUUCCACAACCUCGAUAUUAAACAUGAAGUGAAAUUUCUGCACAGAACCUUUCAAGAGUUUUUUGCUGCAAAAUACUUGGCGUGGACUUUAGAUACAGACAACAGCGUUUUAGAUUUGUUUUUGGAAAGUUUAGACACGCUUGACAAGCUCUAUGACAUGAACUUAGUGCUGCGAUUUUUGUGUGGGCUCUCCUAUAGUGCAACUCCAGUAGUUUUAAACUGGGCUACACACGUGGCACGGAAGACAAUACCUGUAUAUUCCUUCCCGAAACAAGAUUUUUCGGAGAGUCAACUCACAUUUGGGUUCAUCAUCUGGUGUUAUGGACUCUGUGAAGAAUACUGCUGUGUCUACCUUCCACGGGGAAAACACUUUUACCCUGAGCUAACCUCCUGGUCCGAGAAACUUCCGAAGUUUGUACAACUCGGGAAAGAAGGGGCAUCUGUUUCAGUUCCAGUGACUUCAAAUCCACCACACGACCCUUCAUCGGUGGGAGUUGUCAGCCAAGUGGUGCAGACUCAGUAUCUGAGUCCUCCUUCAUCAACAGAAGAGGAAAUUACACAGACUACAUGUACAGAGUCUACUGCUACCAGUGUUGAUGUGGUGCCCAGUGCAGCUGCCAUUAAAACGGCUUGUCAUUCAUUUCCAAGGACAUCUGGUGUUAUGGCUGUUUUCCCAGCAUACAAAGCAAGUGGCCAGCAUCCACCAUUCAUUGCAGUGCUAGUGAGCAUAGUAUUCUGUGAAGAUAAGAUGACAGAACAUGAUGGAUUUGCUGUCAAUUACUACUCAUGGGACAUGUCAGAUAUGGAAGCUCAGAAGGCCUUCUUUUCAAAAGCAGCUAAAGACAACCCGAUUCCGCCCGGAACGUCUAUUGAAAUUGGUCAGGCCAUACAAAAGUCUUCAGAACAUCUUUUCAAAAACCACAGAAACCUGACAAUUAUUUCGGCAUCUCCUGUUAAAGUGCAAGGAGGUGAAAUAACAUGUAAACCAUGUAUAGUAUUAUAUUGUCGUGCAAAAGGUGUGGUCCCAUUGGGUGAUCCCCUGUUCCCAAAGUUAAUUGAAGGAAUUCCUGUAGAUGUGCGCGAAGGAUUUGUUUCCUUGUCCAUGCAUAAUAGUGCUCCACAAACCCCAGAGAAUGUGCACUUUGGCCAAAAUACUACAUUUUACAGUAACCCAUUGAGGAUGGGAUGCAGUAUUGGACUGUCAAAAUCGAUUUUUACAGGUACCUCGGGAGUGUUCGUACAACAAGAGGGGACACUAUGUUUCCUCACAUGCUCCCAUGUAUUAGGCAUCCCACCACCUGCCAUAGAGGCUGAGGUCUGCCAACCGUCUGAUGCAGAUGUAAGGACAAACAACUACAACAAGCAAGAUAUGGCAUCUAAAGACAAGAGCAAAGUGUGUGGUGUGGUCAAAAACGUUUACUUUGACAAUUAUGGGUAUAAAGGUAAAGAAUAUGGCAUUGAUGCAGCUCUUAUCAAAGUCAAGCAUAGAGAUAUCCAUGCGAUACCAGCAGGGUUAACGCCUGAAACAUUGCAAAAUCUUAAUCUUAGUGAAGAUGAAUUGUCCUUUAACAAUGC